AUGCGAGAUUGGAAAUUGUACAAAGAAGUAUUGAGCAUGAUCAUUGAUGGGUGGUCCCAAGGGGAUUUUAAUGAGAUCAUUAGACAAGAUCAGAAGGUGGGAGGUGGAAUUAGGCCUCACAAUCAAAUGCAAUUUUUUAGAGAAGUAAUUGAUGAAUGUGGAUUUAUGGAUUUGGGAUAUGUAGGUCCUAAAUUCACAUGGGCUAGGCACUUUGAGAAUGGAAGCUCAAUAUGGGAAAGACUAGAUAGAGGAUUAGCCAUAAAUAGUUGGCUCUUAAAAUUUCCUGUCACGAAGGUUCACCAUUUACAUUGUCACUCAUUAGAUCAUAUCCCUCUCCACAUUAUCUUUUCGGGUUUGGAUCCUCACAAAAGAAAGAAGUUGUUUCGGUUUGAGGAAAUGUGGCUAUCCAAUCCGAGUUGUAAUGAGAUUGUUGAAGCCGUGUGGCAUAAUUCUAGUGUCACCGAAUCUAAUGAGGGAAUUUUACAAAGAGUAGAAAAGUGUGGUAGGGAUUUAAGUUGGUGGAAUAGGAAUGUAUUUGGGAAUGUGUGGAGGGAAUUGGAAAAAUUGAGGAUUUUACUCCUCAAGGCCGAAGGUGAGGCUGUCCUAAGUGGGGAUAAUGCUCGGGUUAGGCAGUUGAAGAAAGGGAUUGAAGUAUUAAGGGAUAGGGAGGCAACUAUGUGGGCCUAA